CGAGCGGCAGCUUGAUCUCUUGUGUAUGGACGACUGAGGCAGGGACCGCGAUGGCGGACCGAGACCACCACGGCAAGUCCACCAGUCCACCUCCUGGCCGCAAGUUGCACGCCGCGAACUCCCCGGUCAGCUUCAGCUCUUCUUCCUGAAAGCUCCUCCCUCUCCCCGUCCCUCCUUCACUUUCUAACCUUUCUGGUUGCUCGUCUUCUCCGCUUUUCAUGCCCUCCUCGGAUACAGUAUGGACUCAGGAGGGGAAGGAGGAGAGGGCUGGAUGGAGGACCAGUGGGAGAAAUGGUUGACCCAUGACAUCAGUCUGGAUGAGUUUGAAGAUGACGACCUGUCGGAGAUUACGGAGAUUACUGAUGAGCGCGGGAUGAGUCUCAACUGCAAUGGCCCAGAUUUAAAGAGCCACGUGAGGAGAGGCACCAGUAGCAUGUCGGGGCGGGCCGAGCUCGGUGCCGUCGGCCACCUCCAGGCAGAGAUGCUGCAUUUGGACCUCAUUGAUGGUGCUGAUUCUUACCGUGGUGACAGGGACUCUUGCAAGGCAUCCAGCGCUCCCCCGCCACUCAUCAAGGAUCCAGCAGCACCUGUUACCAUGGACACCUACCGACCCAAGAGACCCACGACCCUUAACCUCUUCCCGAUUGUGCCUCGCACACAGGACACAUUAAACAACAACUCGUUUGGGAAGAAGUACAGCUGGCAGGAGAAAGUCUCGGGCUCGUCCUCACCCCUGAAAGCCGGUGAACGGACCCCUCCUCGCGAGCACAACUGUUUGAGCGACGAGGGCAGCGGAGCACAGACCAAAGAUCGUGGCACAUCCACCGACGCCCCCUGCAGACACAGCCGCACUGCUGGACACUCGCACGGUGCAUCCACGACUGCGGUAACUCGGUCGAAGCUCCAGGAGAAGCCCCCUGCUCCGCCGCCACCACCGCAGAACUACACCCCUGCUCCUCUCUACCCAGCGGGGAAGGCAGACCACCGGGAGAGGAGUCGCUACUGCUCGGAUGUCAACGCAGAGCCCACCGAGGAGAUUUACCUGACCCCCUUACAACGCUCAACCGAAGCUUUGGAACCUCCUAGUGCUCCGGACAGGCCGUUUCUUUCACAACAAACUGAGCAAGGUCGCAUGUCGAUCAGCUCUGACACAGAAGGACCUCCACCGUAUCAACCGCGUCCUGACCAGAUAAAUCCGUCCAUAUAUGAGGAGGACGAAAUCUACAUCCCUCCACCCUCGUACGCUUCCUGUGUAGAAGCCCUCAUCACUCCGCCCAGCAUGGCUUGCUCCUCUCUUGCCUUAGACCUCAGUCUUAAAGGGGCAGAAACGGGAGCCAGGGCGAUGCUAAGAGGCGGCUCAUCCGUGGAGUAUGUGGAUGCUACAGAUGAAAGCUACUGUGGGGAGGACGAGGAUGUGGACAGACUAAUAAUGGACGACAUGACAAAGACCGUUAUAAGAAAGAAGGAGAGUGGCAGCACUCUGCUCAGGAAUUCCAUGAACUCUGACGCCAGCGGCCUUUCCUACGACUCGGUCAAGUACACGCUGGUGGUGGACGAACACGCUCAGCUAGAGCUGGUCAGUCUGCGACAGUGCUACCAAGGUUACAGCGACGAGAGCGACUCGGCCACCAUCUACGACAACUGUGUCUCCUCGCCCUACGAGUCGGCCAUCGGGGAGGAGUACGAAGAGGAGGACGAGGAGGAGGAUGCUACUCGGGUGGGCGAGGUGAGGAGGGAGGCCACGGCGUGUCUGUCGGGAGACUCCACACCAGACGGCGAUCUGAACUUCUCCAAGAAGUUCCUCAACAUCUUCAUGAACGGGCGCUCCAGCUCCUCCAGUGCCGAGUCGUUUGGUUUAUAUUCCUGCAUCAUAAAUGGUGAAGAGCGGGAUCAGAGCCACCGAGCCGUCUACAGGUUUGUCCCACGUCAUGAUGACGAAUUGGAGCUGGAGGUGGACGACCCGCUGCUAGUGGAGGUCCAGGCAGAGGAUUACUGGUAUGAAGGCUAUAACAUGAGAACUGGAGCCAGAGGGAUCUUCCCAGCGUACUACGCUAUAGAGGUGACCAAAGAGACGGAGAGCUACACGGUGAAGAGCAGUGAAUGGAUGGACAGGUAUCGCUUAAAGUUCCUGGGUUCAGUACAAGUCCCCUACCACAAAGGAAACGAUGUUUUGUGUGCGGCCAUGCAAAAGAUUGCCACCAACAGAAGAAUGACUGUAAAGUACAACCCUCCGUCGUCGUGCAUUCUGGAGAUCAGCGUGAAAGGAAUCAAGCUGGAAGUCCAGGAGGACUAUUACACUUGUGACCGAAGCAAUGAGUGCAGUCACUUCUUCCAGUUGAAAAAUGUCUCCUUCUGUGGAUAUCACCCCAAAAAUUGCAAAUAUUUUGGCUUCAUCACGAAGCACCCCGCGGACCAGAGGUUCGCCUGUCACGUCUUUGUGUCGGAAAAUUCCACCAAACCUCUGGCAGAGUCGGUUGGGAAAGCCUUCCAGUUGUACUACAAAGAAUUUGUUCAGGUCUCCUGCCCGACAGAAGAUAUCUACCUGGAAUAGCCAGACCUCUGACCACAGCCCUGUACAGCACUCUGUAUCAUACCGUGAAGAACAACACAUCUGACCAGUGGGAACGGAGGAACCCAACGUAGUCAGUCCUGGAGACCGACUUCAUUGGCUUGGAGGAGGGAAGAAAAUAUAUGCAAAGUGACCACAAAGUGGUCACAGACUGUGGAUGAAAGCACAAACACAGCAGCCUCUACAGUCCUGGAUUGCCAGUAGCAUCAUGGUUGUGACUAUGACACCAUGUCGACGGAGAAUCUGGAGUGCAAUGACGUCAAAAAAAAACACCUAGGAAUGAUGUUAAACAUUUAAUCUCCAAUAUUAGCAAUGAGACAGAAUCAUCUGUGAACCAUAAAUCAGCUGGGUUGAACCCUGAAAUGUCUUCCUACCGGGCCACUUUAAGCCUUUCCCUGCGUCAGCGUAGGUCAAAGAAUUCAAUGGCUGAGAGGCAAAGGAGGUUUGGUCACCUUGAUCUCACCUGAUCACCUUUUCAGUUGUCCUCACACUUAAGUUGAGAUCACAGUGGAGGAACAAGUUUGUCGGGUGUGCGUCUUGAAGUCCAACAAUAAAGUAGCUUAAAGGUGAUUCAUCUGAUGCCCAUUUGAUGCUACAGCAAACACAGUGUUGAGAUAUUGAAAGAGGAUAAAACCCUGCUGAGCCCUUACUUACUUACCCCCCGAAAAGUCCUCAAAUAAACUAACUUGAUCUGCCUUAAUCUGUCAGGGACCAAAAUCAAACUUGUUUUUCGAUUCUCUUCCUAAAGUUAGUCUUCAAGCGAAAUGAGUUGAAUUGGACCUGCCAUCCUCACUCUGAACGCAGGUUUGUAGAAGGUCAAUGACAAGUGUAGAAGCACCUGUGUCUGUGUCAAGGUGCCAUGUGUGGUGAUCAGAAUGUUGUACAUAAACCUCCAGGAGUUUCUUCCUCUCAGUGGAAUCCGAUCGUUCCUCCACUUUUCACAUCCAAUCAGUCAGUGCAAGGCGCCGGUGGUGGCGUUCACAGCUGCAGGUGCUGGUCAGGAGCAAAGACUGAACUAAACUGGUGUCUUCAGAUCCUCACUAGUAGUGCCUCUUUUUCAUCGCCUCACGCCAUGAACAUUGUCUUUUGGGGAGGAUGGCUGUACAGCGAGCGUGCUUGGAUAUCAGAGGGUGAACGUGUGGAAAUGUUGUCUCCACUGCCCUUGUUUGCCCGACAUCUACCGUGUAUUCAGUUCACAACAUCCACUUUUGCUCUCCGCGAAAACUGAAGUGUGGAGAUGAAGUUUCUCAACAUAACAGGUAUAUAUAUAUAUUGAUGAAUUUAAAAUGAUAGUCAUGGGAGUUAUUUUAAAGUCAUUAUUUUAUUGUGAAUUUUCAGCAUUAUCCGACUCCAACUGGUGUUUUAAUCAGAAACACACAAGCAAUAUUCUGACUCUUGUGUUUCAAUUGUAAAAUGCCAUUUUAGGACUGACUUGAGAAACAUCUGAAAACAUGAUUUAAGAAGCCCUUUAAGAACCCGUUUCAGUGGGAUUAAUAAAACGUGAACAAAUAAUUUGUGCUGGCACACUAUUUAAAAGAUGAGUUUGACAGUUUAUACUUAAUAUUUUAGACUAAAACCCUCUGUCGCCACAACAUUACAACAUUAUUUUCUGCAUUGCAUCCAGUAAACAAAACCUAACAUUGUUUUACAUGAACCACUGUAUGUUCAAGCAUCACUCAGUUUACAUUUUGAUUCGCUGACCAAAGCUCACCGGGGCCUAAAUAUUAAUGCCAGGAUUGUAACACAUUAGUAUUUUUGUCCUGAUGCGCAAAUUAUAUUUUAAGAUAAACUAUGAAAGAAACCUUGUCCUGUUGGGACCCAAACUAAGUCCCUGUGUUUGAUCAGCAGUGGACACUGACAGCAGCAUAUACCAACUACAUGUUCACCUAUUUUUAACAAAUCAUUUGAAAUGACAUAUUUAUCAAAAUCUACUUUUUACCCAAAAAGCUGGAGAGAUCAUCAGAAAGUUCCCAGAGAGCUGUAUCUGAUAAAAGCCAUCGGUGACGAGUGGUAAUUUUAUAAGAGUUUCCUUCGAGAGGAAUUCUGAAGGGUGUACAGAAAUGCCAUAUGUACAUAAACAAAUACAAUUAAUAUAUGUAAUGAUGAAGCUAACACUGUACUGACCUGGUGUGUAGUAAGUGAAUUCUAUCUUUUUGUUUUGAGCUUUUUAAGAUGUGAACUUUUCUUUACAUAAAGGCUUUAAU